AGUUCUGGUUGGGAUUGGCAGGUUACCCUGCCAACGGUCACCCUAAACGAAAAUAAAUUUGUUUUUGCCAACAACAAAUUGUGUUGUUAAAUGGCAGAGCAAACAGACGUCUACGCUUCGUCGCCUCGCAGCUCCGUAAUCCUCGCUCAUCUGGCAGCCAGCCACCGCGGCAGUUAAUACCCGUUGGAGCGUCACACAAAAGAUCUCUCAGUGGGCUUCCAGGCGAACUGGGUACGGACAGACGGAGCACUCAGUUACGUGAACGGUACGGCGGAUUUCGGACUCCGGAUUGUGCGUGGCGAUGCAAGGAUGAACGUACGGAAGCGGCCACGUCUGGAGCUGGAGCUGGCCACAUCGGCGGUGGCACCCGGAGCUCUAAUCACCAGCAGCAAUCCAGCCGAUCUGAUGGGCGGACCAUUCGCCAACGGCCAGAGCCUGAUCCUGACCAGCGCGUCGGGCAAUCCCCUGAUCAGCAGUAGCAGUGGCGGCGGUGCCCAAAUAUUCCUCACCAUAUGCGGUGAGGAGAACUCCGGGGACGAGGAUGAGUCCCAGGAGUAUUAUGCCAUUAAACAGGAGCCGGGCUCCGAGCUGGACGUUCAGGCUCUGCUGCCCACCAACCUGCAGCUGCCAACCGGCUGUGAGAUAUACCUGGUGAAGGACACCAGCCUGGGGUGUCCGGUCCAGACCAAGUCUACCAUUAAAAUUGAACCGGAUGUGCUGAGUGAGAAGCUGAAUGUCGGCGCCACGACAGUCAGCACCUCCACCACAAUUCCUUCCUCAAAAUCUUCCGUUCCUGCAGUGCCUGCGGUAGCUUCCCAUGCUCCCCAAGCAGCAGCUCCGGCUCCUGCUCCUGCAGUGGUGCUAUACCAGCGAUCUCCGGCAGAACCGCUGGCAGCAGCCCUCUCCGUCUGCUCGAGUAGCACUGGCACGCCCACCAGCAAACUGGAGGCGUACAAGAAGCGGGACGACAAGCGCCGGGCGACGCACAACGAAGUGGAGCGGCGGCGUCGCGACAAGAUCAACUGCUGGAUCUUCAAGCUGAAGGAGAUGCUGCCCAGCCUGAGCUCCAGCUCCAGCGAGGCCAGCACCAGUCCCAGCAGCAGCAGCAAAAGCAAUCCCAGUCCCAGCGGACGGACGCCGCCCAACGACUCCAAGUCCCAGAUCCUGAUCAAGGCCUGUGACUACAUCAAGAGCAUGCAGGGCGAGAUAGACACAUUGCGCGACUGUCUGCGGGAGGCGGAUGGGCUGCGGGCCAGCAACCAGGCGCUGCGGGAGGAGCUGGACCGGCUGAAGCGGCAGCAGCAGCUGCAGGAUCGCUUCCACACGGCUGCCACCGGACGAUCCACCUUCAACGUGACCCUCAACUCGCUCAACAGCUCGGCCACCAGCGACCUGUUCGAUGGGAUCGAUACGACGCCCAACCUGGCCGCCGUCUCCUCGCUGGGAUUCGGCAAGCGCGGCCUGCUCAUCAGCGACUACGAUGAGUAAGAUUUUAAGAUAAGUGCGGAGUUAGGAGGAGGAUAAGGAGAUGGCGGAGCUGGCGGAUCUGGCGGAUCUGACGGAUCGGAGCGAGAAGCGCUGGCGCCUCGGAAUAUGGAGAGUAAUACGCCCAUCCACCAAAGAAUGACGUGCAACGUACACGCAACGCAACACAUGCAGUACAAUAAACGGACAUGACGAGUGAUUUCUUGUUAUCGCCGAUGUUAUAUACAUUACACAUAUAUAUAUAUAUAUAAUAUAGUUACAAAAAAAAGAGGAGAAAACCCAAAAAAAGAAACAUGUACACUCCGUACAUGGGGUCGAACUCGGGUGACUCAGUUCGAAGCUGUUCUCAAUUGGAUUUAAUUAGUUGGCCAAGAUGCAGCUGCUUUUGGUUUCUAUUUCUAUUUCUAUUUCUUUUUUUUUACGAAAUGUAUUAGAUUUUAAGUUGUCAUAGGUUCUGGCCAUCUUUCUCACGAAUGAAUUUAAUUAGAAAUUUAUUAAUUAUUAAUUAGAUUAUAAAUUAAAACGUUAAAUUUGUGAAAUUAGAGAGUUAUGUUGCGAGAGUUUGGCUGUUUUUUGAACAUAAUUUUAAUUGUAAUUGUAAUUAUUGGAUAAUUGUUAGUGGAGCGCCCAGUCGCCCUGUUUUUUCCAUCACUAUAUAGUAUAUAUGUACGGAUAUAUAUGUCUACCCACUUGCCUAGACUUAAUACCUUAACUAAACCUACCUAACGAUAUACCAUAUAUUAUGAUCCCUCAAGUAACUCGCAUCUGGAGCAUAUACAUGUGCUUGAUUUUUUCGAUUUUCGAUUUUCGAUUUGUACUGUUUCUCGCACUAAUUACCUAAAAACUAAAUACGAUAUCUUGUUCUGAUAUAUAUAUAUAUAUUAUAUAUAUAUUAUAUAUAUUGACCCGCAUAUGUACAUAUAACCUGAACCGAAAGCGAACGAGAUAGGGAUUGUUGAUGUCGCGGCACUCUUCGGCCCAGAUUGUUGAUAUAUAUGCAUAUAUAUACUGAUCCGAUCCGAUCUGUGUUCAAAUCGGAUCAAGCAUAGAGUAAUAAUCGAUCAUAAAUUGUUGUGAAUUGUGAAUGUUAUAUCAUUGUUUUCGAUAUACGCUGUUUCAGAUCCAAACGAAUAAUGUUUUAUAUUAAAUACAAAUACGAAUACGAAUAUAUGGUAAUUUUUACUUAAAUAUUAAAUUAAAAAUUAAAAAUUAAAAUUAAAAUUUAUAUUUAAACUUGAGACAAAUGCCAAAUAAGCAAAUCGUGAAAUCAAUUGUUACAAACUAUAAAAUAAUAAUUAUUAAAAAUGUUAUCGACCCAUAUAGAGUAUACCCGUAUGGAGCUGGAGCCAGAUCACACUAUAUAUACUAUAAUAUAUGGGAGUUUUGUGUUUCUUGUUGCUAUCUAUAUACAGUAAUAUCACAUUUCUGUCAUUUGACGGCUAAUAAUUCUAUUCAAUUUCAAUAAACGACUCAAUAAUGGUUAACACGAA